AUGGAUAUAUCAGAACUUGGUCAAUAUACUUCAGAGUUUCUUAAGAAUCUUACUGAUGAUAGAAAGUGGAAUCAGGCAUGCAAACGUCUUUGGGAUGGCUUUAAAUUUAGCAGUGAACAGGUGAGUAUAUUGAUACCCAAUCAGAGAAAUGGUAAAACUAAAACUAUAAAUCUUGCAACUUCCAAUAGAUAUCAAGAUCCUAUUUCAAUCUCGCAAGGAUUAAAGAAAGAAACUAUUGGAAAGAUGGCGCAUCGAUUUUUACAAAACAAGCUUAGUAUUAGGGAUAUAAGAGCUGAAGCUUAUGCUUUAGCCUUAUCAGCAUUAAAUGCUAAUGCUGGUAAGCCAGGGGUUAAAUGGUUCAAUAGAUUCUUAAAAGACUAUAAUUUAAUUCCUCGUUAUUUAUGCAAAAUAAGGGCUGUAUAUGCUGUAAUGGUACAUGGGGCAAAGAAUUUAACUUAUGCUAUAACAAUCGCUAAAGAAGUCUUACGCCACAAUCCUGAUAAUAACAUCUCAUCAGCACAAAAUUAUGUUGUGGACAUAGAUAUGUCAGAAGCAGUGGAAGAUAAAGGUGAAGAAACCUCUAAUCUAACGGGGCUGGUAAUACAAGGUUUAAUAAAAGAACUAUCUAUGCCAAGUGAACUGAUUGAUGAUAAUGAUAGAGGAAAUAAUAGCAAAGAAUCAAAACCAAUAACUUUAUUCCAGUUAUACUAUAAUGCAAACCAGGCAGAAAAACAUGUAACCCAUGCUUACCAAGAAGAAAUAAGAUGCUGGUAUCCAUUUGCUAAAAAAUUUGAAGAAAGAGUUAAAGAAAUAAAAAAUGAUAACAGUAGGUACAAUGAUCAACAAGUUAGAGGGUUAGUAUAUAGUGAAGUCACAACCAAUCUUUCGGAAUUUACAAGAGAUAGUUUGCAUAAAAAAACUGCAAAGGCUAGAAAUAUCUACAAGUUGUUUGGAGAAAGUUAUGACCCUGAUACCAAAAAAAUAGUUAAGGGGAUAGGAAUUGAAAAAUUGAGAGAAUUCGAACAUAUACUUAAGGAUGAGACUGCAAAGCUUAAGACCGAGAAUACCAAACUUUUAAAACAAAUUAUAGAGAAAUAUGCUAAAAAUAAGGCUGAUAUUGUAAAAUUAAAAACCGGUUUGCAGUAUCCAAUCCUCUUUGAGCGUAUUAAGGUGACAAUUCUUGAGCUUGAAGAAAGGAAUGCAAUAUUAAGACCAAUUAUAGAGGAAUUUGCGAAGAAAUCGGAAUAUAACUAUCUUGUAACUGCCUUUGACAAGAAAAAUCGCAAAUUCCAAGCUAAAUGUAUUCAAAUAGCUGAGGAAAUUCUUGAUGAGGAACCGAUAAUUGAGUAUCGUCCUCCAUUCUUAGAUGGAUUAGAAUUUGAUGCUUUCUUUCAAAAAUAUCGGAUUGCAUUAGAAGUGCAGGGAAGACAGCACCGGUUUCAUAAUACUAGUUGGUAUAAGGAUGUUAAAAAACUCGAAGACAUUGUUAAUCGUGAUCGCCUAAAAAGGUGCCUAUGUCAAGAUAAUGGAAUCUUCCUUCUUGAGGUAUGGUAUGAUGAAAACCCAGAAAUUGUCAUUCCUCAAAGAAUACAAAAAAUUAAUAAUCGAACCAGCCUGAACAAAGCUUUGACGAGAAAGAACGAUUAUUGGUUAACAAAUUUACCUAAUCGCAAACUCAAAUGUCUGCAACAUCAAACAAGCAAUUUAAGUCAAGACACUAGGACCGGAAGUUCUUUUCCUUCAGUCGAAGAAAUUAAAGAGUGGGCACCUGCACAAAUUGUUAGUUUCUUAGAGUCUAGAAAUCUAUAUCUUACGAAUAGUGAUAUCGAAAUGAUCAAGAAAAAUAGUAUCGCCGGUGAAGACUUUCUUCUCUUGAAAGAAAAUGAUCUCUAUCGAAUUGGAUUACCUAUUGGUCCAGCCAGAAGAAUAAUACAGUUAAUUAAGAAAAUUUCGAGAACACCUUUAAUGGAUAGGCUACCUACUAACCUUGUACACGUAUUUAUUGAUAAUUCGAAUAUCUGGAUAGAGGGAAAAUACACCGUUGGAAACCUCGAGCGGUUAGGUACCUUCGACUUUGACAGAAAUUCCUAUUACUUUAAACAGCUCCAGAUCGAUCAUGGUAGACUUCUCACCACAGUUCAAUGCGAACGCAAACUAGGUGGUGCACUAUUCUUGGUCGGUUCCCGACCGCCUCCUAAUGAUUCAUUGUGGGCCCGCAUUAGGGAUCAAGGUUUUGAGGUGAAUAUAUUUGAUCGGGACAUCAGAAGCCACCGUGAAAAGGAAGUCGACACAGAACUUGUAAUAUCAGCAACAGAAACAAUUACGUCCAAUGAUCCUGGUGUUUUAGUUCUGAUUGCCGGUGAUAGGGAUUAUAGACCUCUAGUAAAACGAGCACUGAAACACAAUUGGACUGUGGAGACAUGGUUUUGGAAUUCAGGAGUUUCCAGUUUCCUUAAGUCAGAUACGAAUUUUCGAUCUUUGGACAAUUGUUAUCGUUCCUUCUCAUAUGGAUUAGGUCCUGAUCUCACUGAGAAAAACAAAGUUCUUGAGGUUACUGAUGGUAACGUCAUUCAAAGUUUGAAAAAUGAAGAUGUAUUGGAAUGGUUUAAUACUUUAAACUUGUUCGGUUGGUGGGACUGGGAGAGUUAUAGAGCUAUGCGAUUUUAUUUUAAUAAUUCGAAUCACUUGGAGACGGUGAAAAAUUGGAUCCUGCAUAAUUAUCAAGAAGUGCGGAUUCAGGAAAAAAAUUAA